AUGUAUGUCAUUAUGCUGAGACAUUCUGAAAGGCUCUGUCUAUUUAUAUUACAUUGCAGGGAGCUUAAAUCCAAGAUUGAGAAGGAGGAAACAAAGAGGGAACUACUGGGAUCUCAGUCAAAUCUGGCUGACUCUCACUGUAUCCGCUGCCUGCAGCCCUUUAAGUUCCUGGUGAACAGUAAACGGCAGUGUAUAGACUGCAAACUCUACACCUGCAAAUCCUGCAGCCGCUACAACAAGAAAGAGCGUGGUUGGGUUUGCGACCCCUGCCGCAUGUCCAGGGUCCUAAAAAUUGGAACCUUGGGGUGGUACCAUGACAAUGUACACUCUCGCUUCAAGCGUUUUGGCAGUGCAAAAGUAAUGAGGUCACUCUAUAAGAGAUUAAAUGAAGAUGGGCAACGUGAUGAUGACACGCAGAGCAUGCCUGAUGUGCGCAAUGUGUGUAAUGGUCAUGAUGAAGAACAUAUGGAUGCUGCUGAGGCUCAACGUUAUAAGCAGAUGCGAAAGACCAAGCGUCUGCUCUCUGUGCACCCCAUGGAUCUUGACAUGGAUGACUAUGCCACUCACUCCCGCAGACAGUCUGUCCAGUACAUCCAUGAAGAUAGAGGUCAGCGGAAUGAUCUAGAAUACAAUUCCGACAUGUACCAUCAGCAUCGCAUGAACCGCAGGAAAAGUCUCGACAGGAUUUCGCGCCCAGAUGAUGGACUGUAUUCUGAACACAGAAUGGUACGCGCUCGCUCUCUCUCUAAAAUCAACUCUUCCAUGGCUCCGCGCCAGAUCUACCUGGACACUUCAGAGGAGGAAGAUAUGUUCCGUUACCCUGUCUACCAGCUGCCCCCGCGACGCCGCAGUCGAGCAUCUUCUCAGGAAAACAUUCAACAGGGGCCACCACCGAUCAAUGAACUGAGCAAGAGAAUGUCUGCCAUUGAGAGUCUUUUGAAUCGACUGGAAGAGAAAAUGACUCCGGCUUCUGAUCAGCCUGUUCAGCCCACAGCAGGGCAGAUGGAUGAGGUGAAGCUUAGACGAAAACUAGAUGAGCUAUUGAGCGACAAGGCGCUUUCCUCUGAUGAAGAUGAGCCGAAGAGACCUCCUAAGUCCAGAGGGUCCGCUGUGAGGGGUGACCAAGCACCGAUGGCCCCUGUGUCCCUAGAACCCUUGAGCUCCUCCAGUGAUGAGAUGCCCACAGAAGCACAAAAGAGAUCCACUGCGGCGGCCCUAUGCGACAUCACAACUGAGAUUCUAAGAACAAUUAAUGCCACUGAAAGCGCUAUGAACGAGUUGGCCCACUCAAAUCCUAAUGACAGACUUCAGUUAGCGGGCACAGAUGUUAAGCAUGCUGAUGAUGCGUACAGGGAACUUGAGGAAAAUGUGUACAUGACUGCAGGGAAGUCCUUUGAAAUGGCAAAAAAGUUGCAAAUGAUUGAACAGAAUGCCAACAACAGCGGCCCGCUUAUUGAUUCAGAACUCUCUGAACUGGAGGACCAAGUUUCUUUGGCAGCCACUAAAGUUCAGAGCACAGAGAGUGAGGUCUCAGACAUUGAGAACAAGAUAGCUGCUCUAAGUGCUAAAGGAUUAUCAAUUGAUAAAGCCAAGAAAAAGGCACUGAGUAUACAUCAAAAAAGGAAGUUUCCCCAAGACAUUCCUUCGAACAGAGUACACUUCUGAGUGUAAACAGGACAUUGCUUUAUCUUCUCUGUUGCUCUGUAUUAUUCAGCCCUUAAUCCAUUAGUACAUUUGCAGCUUAUAUCCAAAAUGUACAUGCAUUCAGUCCAAAGGAUGUUUUUCAAAUCAUCAGAAGACAACACAUACAAGUACACUGAGCCCCAAAGGAUUAAACAGUAUUUUUCCAUGUAUAUAAAACCUUUAAUUGUGUGAAUUAUGUUGUUUUAGAAUGCAUGUGAAUCAUUAUUGUGUUGUUUUUUUUAAUGGUGCAAACUGGAUCACUAUAUUUCAUAUAAAUUAUAUAUAUAUAUAUUAAAGUAAAUUUCACGUGCAUAUUUUUAAGUAAAUUUCAUGUAUGGAAUUAAGUAAACAACUUAACUUAGUUGAGUGAAAGUAACAAAGGAAAUUAGUCAUUUUAACUUGGCUAUAGUAAAAUGUUGAGUAACAUCUAUUUAGUUGAGUUUUUCCAAAACAUUUCAAUUAUAUAAUAUUAAUAUUAUUAAAUAUAAUAUAAUAUUAAAUUUAACCACACUUUUAAAGUAUAUGCUUUACAUAUUAUAGUAAAAAUAUAUGUAUAUUUUUACUAUAAUAUAUACUAUAAGAAAUAUUUAAGUAAUUAAUGCAGUAAAUAUUAUUACACAUAUAAGGAAUUGCGUGAUGUGAACGCCGAGUCCUCAAUACUUGGUAGAGAAUACACAAUGUGUUAUUUUGUGUGGAAAAUAAAAUGCCACAAAAUGGCUAAUCCUAAAAAAAAAACUAAUCCCAACAACACAAGCACGUGUAAAUACCGAUGGAAAUCAGUGAAAAUCAACAUUAUUCAGGGCCCAGUGCAUGAUGGGAACAUGAGGAACAGAAAAGUUGAGUAAUUUUACUUAAUUGUCUAAUGUUGAUAUUUGCGUUUUAAUUUGGCUUUAACUUUCUUUAAUUGCUUCAAUUGAGUACUAAUAUAGAAUUUGCUUUGUUUUUUUCUUAUAUAAAUUACAUGAAAAAAAAAUUCUGUAGUUCUUACUUUCCCACAUAUUUUAUAUCAGUGUUGAUCAAACCCCAACUUUAACUAAAAUCAGUAUUAGUUGAAAUAAGUUAAUUGUUCUAAAGUAUCCAUGCCAAUAAAAAUAGGAAUAAUUGCUAUUGUUUUUCCUUGCUUGCUUUGUUCCUCAAAUUGCCUUUACAACUUUUAAAUUUUAAUAAUAAUAAAGGAAGGUUCCA